AUGGCUGCCGACCAGCCACCCAUCAAACUCGAAGUCCCUUCGAAAUACGCCGCCUCCGCCUCAGUAGCUCCUCCCUCGGCUCCUGCCCUCGACUGGCUCACCACAACAUGGACUGUGACGCACUCGACGCUCUCCAUGUGGCGCGACGCGCGUAACGUGCGUAUCACGUACAAGCUUCUCCCGGGGACCACUGACGGACGGCCGCGCCUUGACGACUUGGUCGAGUAUGAGCCGACAUCCAAGGACGGAGUGCGCAAGACUGUUGAAGGUAUCGACACACAGGCUUCGAGUGUCGGAUGGGACUGGCGCGGUAAAGGUUGGCUGUUCUUCGUUGGCAGUCACUGGGAGAUUCUCGGCUGGGGAGAGGCCACGACGGCAGACGGCGUGAAGGAGAAGUGGGCGGUUACGUGGUUCGCUCCAACCGUGUUUACAAAAGAGGGAUUGGAUGUCUACUGUGAUCGAAAGGAAGGGCUGAGCGAGGAGACGUAUGCGGUGAUCAGGGAGGCUUUGAAGGGACUCGAGGCGAAGAAGGUGGUUGAGAUGGUUGAGAAGAAUAUGCAGCCUGUUGAGAUUCGGUUGCCGUGGAUUGAAGAGUGA